AUGUCCAUCAGGAGCAAGCGGUCCCGUGGCAUGAACAGUCAAUAUAACGAGCACUAUGACAUGGAAGCCAUUCCUGUCAAACAGUUUGUUAAACAUAUCAGUGAACUGUAUUCAAAUAACCAGCAUGGAUUCUCAGAAGACCUCGAGGAAGUGCAGCGCUGUACGGCCGACAUGAGCAUCACGGCAGAACAUUCCAACCACCCCGAUAACAAGGACAAGAACAGAUACAUCAACAUUUUAGCAUAUGAUCACAGUAGGGUGAAGCUAAGGCCUUUACCGGGAAAAGACUCUAAGCACAGCGACUACAUUAAUGCUAAUUAUGUUGAUGGUUACAACAAAGCAAAAGCCUACAUAGCCACCCAGGGACCCUUAAAGUCGACAUUUGAAGAUUUCUGGAGGAUGAUUUGGGAGCAAAAUCCCGGAAUUAUUGUCAUGAUCACAAACCUUGUGGAAAAGGGAAGGAGGAAAUGCGAUCAGUACUGGCCCACCGAGAACAGCGAGGAGUACGGCAACAUUAUCGUCACGCUGAAGAGCACAAAAGUCCAUGCCUGCUACACCGUCCGCCGCUUCACGGUCCGAAAUGCCAAGAUGAAGAAGGGUCAGAAAGGCAACCCCAAGGGGCGGCAGAACGAGAGGACGGUCAUCCAGUACCACUACACCCAGUGGCCCGACAUGGGCGUGCCGGAGUACGCGCUGCCGGUGCUGACCUUCGUGAGGAGAUCCUCCGCAGCCAGGACCCCGGAGAUGGGGCCCGUGGUCGUGCACUGCAGCGCCGGUGUGGGCAGGACUGGCACCUACAUUGUGAUGCUGCAGCAGAUAGAAGACAAAAGCACAGUCAAUGUCCUGGGCUUUCUGAAACACAUCAGGACCCAGCGCAACUACCUCGUCCAGACAGAGGAGCAGUACAUUUUUAUUCAUGAUGCCUUGUUGGAAGCCAUCCUUGGGAAGGAAACGGAAGUGUCUGCAAAUCAGCUGCAUAGUUACGUUAACAGCAUCCUCAUACCUGGAAUAGGAGGCAAGACACGACUAGAGAAACAGUUCAAGCUGGUUACACAAUGUAAUGCAAAAUAUGUGGAAUGCUUCAGUGCUCAGAAAGACUGCAACAAAGAGAAGAACAGGAACUCAUCAGUCGUGCCGUCUGAGCGUGCGCGAGUGGGCCUCGCACCCUUGCCUGGAAUGAAGGGAACCGACUACAUUAAUGCCUCUUACAUCAUGGGUUACUACAGGAGCAACGAGUUCAUCAUCACCCAGCACCCUCUGCCCCACACAACUAAGGACUUCUGGCGGAUGAUCCGGGAUCACAAUGCGCAGAUCAUUGUCAUGCUGCCAGACAACCAGAGCUUGGUAAGUUGAGCACAGAGCCAGGUACGCUACACGGGCAUCACUCCGCACAGCAGGGGACAGGAAGCGUGCACCUGGUUGCAUGCCCUGGCUGCGUUUCAGUGGCAAAUGCAGCUCAUUUCCAGCCAGGUGCUUCAACUUGAGCUCGU